AUUUGGGAUAUUCAAACUGUAUUCGAUCGAAAGAAGUAUGUAGAAAAUCAAAACCAGAAUUCUUUGUAAGUACAAACGAAUCUCUGUUUAAUUCCUAUUUCUUCUGUCGCAAAUCUACUCUAGUAAUAAAAUCAGACUAUGUGAAAAAUUCCCAGAUCUAUCCGCGAUCUAUUCUUAAAUUGUUAUAAUCCCUAUCAAUCCAAUAAUACCAUUAGUCAAGUAAUUAAUAACAAAUUCAGAUUGGAAUUUCUUUCAAACCAACCGGCAACCCCAACAUUGUACCAUAAUCUCUCGACUUUAAUCAAAUCUUAAAUUCCAUCCUCUCCGUGAACUCUCUCUCGGACCAUCAGAUGGCCCCAGUCUUUUUGCACGCGUACCACUCGACGACGUGACCGUUUCCAUUCCCCGUGUUGAUUCUCUAUUUUCUUUUUCCUUUCCUUUCCCCGAUGGCAAUUUCGGCAAAGAUACGCCUGUACAGAGCCAGUUUCGCCGGGACAAUCCUCCCCUCUCCCUCUCUUCACAUCACUCUCUCUUUCUCUGUAGACACGUUUUCUCUCCCAUUCUUCGUUUUCCCUCCGCGGAUGUCAGGCUCCUCCGCGCGUUGCUUCAGGAGAGCGGAGAGACGAUCAAUACGUCGCUCCAGAACGGAGAAGGAACGGAGCAGGCUACGUUAUUGGGAGAACUUUGUGUCAGCAAUUCCUCCGAGAAGAGGAGAGCACAGGCCUGGCUCCAAGCAGAUAUGCCCGGCUAUGAGCGCGAAAAGAUGAUGAGACGAAGGGUGGCCCCUGCCUUUUACCCUCUCCCUUUAGUCGGUGAUCUGGUUGACAGGGAUUCGAGGCCGAGACUGCACGAUUUCGACCGAGCUGGAACGACCUCAGGGCUUAUCCACACACCCUCUGUCAAAUGUUUCCACUCGCACGGUGGAACAUCCGCGUCACCGACGGGCAGAGAGAAGAGAGAGGAAAAAGAAAAGAACGUCGGGCGCGCGUCGAAUAAUGCGAUAUCAAUACCCGAAAUUUCGGGGGUUUUGCCGAGUGGCACCUGGUCGGUCGGGCACGAUCCUGUGCGGUGGCAUCCCCCUGGCCAGGAGUGGGGAGAGGGUGCGCGCGGUCCAAUCAUCGCAGAAUCCGGGGGAUGCCCCUGGCUUCGUCCGGGCAGCCGUGGGAGAGACGCCCCGCGACUCGAGGAUUCGCGGCUUGUCGCCGAAUGCCUUCUCUUCUCCUCGGGGGCCAAAAAGGACAGUCGGCCGCUGCGUUUCGUUUCGAAGGGCGUUGGCCCUUUACGCGCUUUCGUCUGUCGCGCGCGGCUCUUUCACACGCUGGGAAAACCGCGCGAACCACGCGACGAUCGG